ACGUCACCAGCACCAGCACUUAGCCCCUCCCUAUCCAGGAAGCGAUUGACGUUUUGAUAGGGAUCUUACUUUCUAAAGUUAUUCGUAGUCUGUAGUCUUCGUUGCCUGAUAGUGUCUCACUAAACACAACAGGAGAAAAUGUCUUUCAUCUUUAACCUCAUCUCUGGCAGUUUUCAGUUCGUGUUUGAUUUUAUCCGGAGGCUCUUUGGCAUAAAAAGAAGACCUGCCAUUACCCUUGAAGACCCUGAUGUGAAGUAUCCAUUACGUCUUGUGGACAAAGAGAUUAUUAGUCAUGACACAAGAAGAUUUCGCUUUGCUUUAAAAUCACCGGAGCAUGUUCUUGGACUUCCUAUUGGACAGCACAUUUACUUGUCUGCCAGAAUUGAUGGCAACCUCGUGGUGAGGCCUUACACCCCUGUGUCUAGUGAUGACGACAAGGGCUUUGUUGAUCUGGUUGUGAAGAUAUACUACAAAAAUGUCCAUCCUAAGUUUCCUGAGGGUGGGAAGAUGUCCCAAUACUUGGAGAGCCUUCGUAUUGGUGACACAAUUGAUUUCAGGGGACCAAGUGGACUGUUGGUUUACAAAGGCAAAGGAUCAUUUGCAGUCAAGCCUGAUAAGAAAUCUAACCCUGAAAUGAAAAAUGCAAAACAAGUUGGCAUGAUCGCUGGAGGAACAGGCAUUACACCUAUGCUCCAGAUAAUCCGAGCAAUCAUGAAAGAUCCAAAGGAUGAGACCAUGUGUUACUUACUUUUUGCAAACCAGACCGAAAAAGACAUCCUCCUACGUCCUGAGUUAGAAGAGAUCGUGGUCAAUCACCCUAAUCGUUUUAAGCUGUGGUUCACUGUUGACAGGGCUCCAGAUGGUUGGGAGUACAGCCAAGGCUUCAUCAAUGAGGAGAUGGUGAAGAACCAUCUUCCUCCACCCGCAGAUGACACACUCAUCCUCAUGUGCGGACCUCCUCCCAUGAUUCAGUUCGCCUGCAACCCCAGCCUGGAUAAGGUGGGCCAUUCCAGUGACAGGCGCUUCACCUUCUAGAAGGAUGUCACCUGAAACCAAGCAGUUAAAAAGUCAAAAUUAAAACCAUACUACCAACCUGCAAGAUGCUCUCAUAUAUUCCAAAUGCACAUUAAAUGAAAAGGAUCUAUAAUAAUGCAAAGAAAACCUUUAUAUCAAAAUGUACCAGCUGUUUUCCUGAGAAAGCUCUGCAUGCAAGAUGUACCUGCCAAUUAAGUCAUUUAUUAGAAAACUUAUAUUUUGUGUGUUUUAUGCCUUAAAUGAAAAACAAAGAGUGUUGCUUUUAUUUAGCGGAUGCCAGCUGAUAUUGGAAUGAAGUCAUUUAGCGUGUCAAGAGUUUUUGUUUGAUUUUUGCUUAAUUUAUGCAUCUUUUAAAAUGCAAAAGAUAUUGGUGAUGGACAAUACUUUACAAUAAUAGUGUCCAUGUUACACAUAAUGUUUAUAUUGGCAGAAACAAGUUGUUAAACUAAGUAAGUACAAGGUUCAUGUACAUUAGUUAUACGCUAUAUGUAUUUAUGGAUGGAUGGAUGCUGAAAUGUAGCCUGGUGUUGCUCAGUGUACACCGUUCAUUUGUUUGAACUAUUCAUUCACAGAAAUUGGACUGUUUCAAUCAGAUCUGCAUUGAUUCUGGUCCAGUACUGCAUAUUAGUUUUUCUCUCUCACCUGAUUUAAUGCAUCAUAAUUUGCAUGAACUCAACUGGAGUGUGUCCCAUUAACAUAAGGUGCAGGACCAGGAUUAAGAAGAACCAGAAAGUUGUCAUUGAUAUAGAAGUAGUCAAGAAAAAAACAAAUUAACCAACUUUUCAAGAAGUAAUCAAGCAGUCCAUUAUGAAGUGCCUUUCUGUAAACAUUCUAUAUGUUGCGUUGUUGAUUUUAUUCAGUUUUAAGUGCAUGAUUCCAUACAGUAAAUGUUGUAUUUAAAGAGUAAAAACAUGGUUUAUUAACUGUUUGCAGCUCAUAUAAUUUGUCUACAUUGCCCAAAAAAAUAAUUUUGCUUUGAUCAAUAAAGGUAUGUCAAUCAAUAA